AUGGUAAAAAAAAGCAUCGACGCAAAAGUGCGUCCGCUCGCCAACCCGGCCCUCGAAAAGGCGAGCCUCCUCGGCGCCGCCCGCCUCUACGUCAGCAAGGAAUCCCUCAUCGCGCUCACCAAUGGCCUGGAAAACGGCAGGCCAUGCGUCGUCGAGAAGCUGGAGGACCAGGCGCAGGGCCCGGUCAGGAGGGAAGCCUCGCUGUGGAUUCUGCCCGAGAAGAACCUCAGCCCCAACGUGGUCAUGAUGACGAGGGCGUUUCAGGACGCGACGGGCUUCAGGAUUGGCGACCAGGUGCGCAUCUCGCUGCUGGAGAGCAUGCCGGACGUGGACGAGGUGGUUGUGCAGGACGUGAGUGAGGAGCAGCAGCAGGCCAAGGACGGCCGCGGCGCAAGGCAUGCCGCCUGUUGGGAGUUUUCGUUGAGUCUGUCCAUGGAGCGUGCCGACCUGAUUUUCCCGGGCAUGGUGUUUGAAGGCGUCAAUAUCAACAAGCUGCGGCGCACGUUCAAAGUCGUCUCGGUCAACUCGCACACAAACAACGUUGCCAAGUUCAGCAUUUCCUCAUCGACGAUCCGCAUCCUGGCAGAGGGAGAUGACUCCGCCGCUGCAGAUGAAUCAGAAGCCUUCACGGGCGGUGAGUUGGCCGUCACCGGCGUGCCUGGCCUCGCCUCGCAAAUCAGCACCAUCAACCGCUUCCUCAAGGGGUUCACUCGGCAGUUCUGGGUCAAGGAUGAGCGAGAGUCGUGCGCCUUUGUCAUCCACGGCGGACACGGCACGGGCAAGACCUUUAUCCUGCAAAAGAUUGCCGAUACAAGAUGGGGGCGGCCGUUCUGGAUCAAACCCCCUGACAAGCUGGCCGCCAUUCGGGAAACGUUCAAGCAAGCACACACCCUCCAACCGAGCGUGAUCCUCAUUGACGGCCUAGAAGACCUCAUUUCCAAGGACAGAUCGAACCGGGACUCAGUCAUCGACGUCAUCGGCGAAGAGCUCGACGCCCUGUCCGCCGAAGCCAGAGCCCGCAACGCCCUCCCUCAGGUCGUCGUCAUCGCCACAUGUCUGGACUACAUGACCGACGUGCCUGCCAAGCUCCAGAAACGCUCCCGUUUCAGAGAGAACAUUGCUCUCCCCAUCCCCAGAGCCAGCGAACGUCUCGAGAUUCUCAACUUCUUCGACCCGCCGGUUCACCCCGCCGAGAAGAGGGCGUGUCUGGACAGCGUGGCGCAAAAGACGCAUGCCUACAAUGGCGACGAUUUAGCAAACCUGGUUUUGAACGCCAAGAAGAUUCUCGGCAACAGGCUCGACGAGGAGGGUCUCGAUCCCUGUACGGCGGGAGAACAAUUCCUCUCCAAGGACGAUAUGGAGCAGGCAUUGAGGAUCACGAGGCCCACGGCCAUGCACGACAUCAAUCUGAAGCCGCCGACGAUUCAUUGGCAGGAUGUAGGCGGGCAAGAGAGUCUCAAGAAGGUCCUAAACCGCAUGAUUAAAAACACCAAGAACACCAACCCCUCAAGCCGACACGUCCUCCGCAACCCUCCAAAGGGCCUCCUCCUCUACGGGCCGCCGGGCUGUUCCAAAACGCUCUCCGCGCAGGCCAUGGCCACCGAGUCCGGGUUCAACUUCUUCGCCGUCAAGGGCGCCGAGCUGCUCAACAUGUACGUGGGCGAGUCGGAGCGCGCCGUCCGCACGCUGUUCGAGCGGGCGCGCGCCGCCUCCCCGUCCAUCAUCUUCUUCGACGAAAUCGACUCCAUCGGCGGCCAGCGCGGCCCGGGCUCCUCCCCGUCGUCGGGCGGCUCCCGCUCCACCGGCGCCGUCAACAUGCUCACCACGCUGCUCACCGAGAUGGACGGCUUCGAGGCGCUGACGGGCGUCCUCGUCCUCGCCGCCACCAACCGCCCCGAGGCGAUGGACCCGGCGCUCAUGCGGCCCGGCCGCUUCGACCAGGUCCUCUACGUCGGCCCGCCCGACCACGCGGCGCGCGAGGCCGUCUUCGGCGUGCACCUCAGGGGGCUGGCCCUCGCCGACGACGUCGACGUAAGGGAGGCCGCGAGGCUGGCCGACGGCUACUCCGGCGCCGAGAUCAAGGCCAUUUGCAACGAGGCCGGGCUGGCGGUGCUGGACCGCUACGACGACGACGAGACGGGCACGGCCAAGCUGGAGAUUGGCAUGGAUGACUUGGUCGCCGCCAUGGAGAGAACACCCAGGAAUAUUACGAGUUUCAUGAUUAGCGGGUAUGAGAAUUGGUCAAGACAGUUUAGACGCAAGUAG